AUCAGGUGCCAAGAAACACACCAAAGAGAGAGUGUUUUGAUAGAGAAAAUAGAUAUGGCAAAGUGGUGUUCGUUGAUCGUUCUUGCAUUCUUUGUGGUUCACGCCAGUGCAAGAUAUGUGCCCACAACCACUUCCAUGACUGCUACCACCGGUGCUAGUGGCGCUCCUGUAGAAGACAAGAAGAACUUCAUCACUUACGGUGGCGUUGGAGGCUUCUCGGGGGUCGGCUCUAAUGGCUUGCCAUUCGGCGGUGCUGGGGCUCUCGGUGGUGCAGGUGGACUUGGUGGCGCUGCUGGGGGUCUCGGUGGACUCGGAGGUGGUGCUGGGGGUCUCGAUGGUGUAGGUGGACUUGGCGGUACCGGCGGUGGUGAUGGUGGUCUUGCUGGGUUUACUAAUCCCCUUGGUGGCUUUGGAGGCGGCGGCGCUCUGGGUGGACUUGGUGGUGCAGGUGGUGGCGCUGGUGCUGGAGGCGGCGUAGGAGGCGCUGUUGGAGGUGGAGCAGGAGGUGACAGUGGUGCACUUCCAUUUCCCUGAAAUAGUUUUGGAGUUUUACCAUGAAUAGCUUAAUCUGUGUGAGCCAUCAUUAGUCGUCAUCUUUGUUUACUUUUUUUUUGUUUGUUAAUGUUAAUGUGUGUUUUAGUUUUAACCAUUUUAAUUUAA